UGCAGAGACAAAGCUUGAGAAAAAGCAAUAAAAACACUUGAGUCCGGGCAGACCCCUCCAGCUCGCCACCGCCACCAUCAGCCCUGGUCCCCUGGCCCCCAGACCCCUGUGCCUUGGCCGCCCUCCCAGGACACUAUGCUGGUCCUCACCCUCCUUCUGGAGGGGAUCCGGAUCCUGGCUGCGGACAGGGGUAGGUACCUCAACCCUGCAGGCCCACAUGGUCAAGCCCACUGGCCAGAGUCCUUCCCUGAGUGUGGGGGCGGCGCCCAGUCACCCAUCGACAUCCGCACUGACUCCGUGACCUUCGAACCGGACCUGCCCAUGGUGCAGCCCCGAGGGUACGAGCGGCCUGGAGCAGGAACGGGGCCUUGGCAGCUGAGCAAUAACGGGCACACGGUGCAGCUCUCGCUGCCUCCCUCCCUGUACCUGGAGGGAUUUCCACAGAAGUACGCCGCCGCCCAGCUCCACCUGCACUGGGGCCAGAGAGGACGCCCGUGGGGCUCGGAGCACCAUGUGGACAGUGAGGCCACAGCUGCAGAGCUGCACAUCGUCCACUACGACGCCGACUCCUACAGCAGCCUGGGCGAGGCCGCGCUCAGGCCACAGGGCCUGGCCGUCCUGGGCGUCCUGAUGGAGGUGGGUGACGCCCCAAACCCUGCGUACGAACACAUUCUGAGUCACCUGCCUGAAGUCCAGUACAAAGACCAGACGACCUCGGUGCAGCCCUUCAACGUGCGGGAGCUGCUCCCCGAGCAGCUGUGGCAGUUCUUCCGCUACAACGGCUCACUCACCACACCGCCCUGCUCCCAGACCGUGCUCUGGACGGUCUUCAAGCACAGAGCCCGCAUCUCCCAGGCACAGUUGGAGAAGCUUCAAGAAACCUUGUUCACCACCGAGACGGAGCCCUCUGAGCCCCUGGUGCAGAACUACCGCAGCCCCCAGCCUCUCAACCAGAGGACCGUGUUUGCAUCUUUCAUCCAAGCGGACCCUGUAUACAGCCCAGGUGAAAUGCUGAGUCUCGUUGUGGGGAUCUUAGUGGGCUGUCUCUGCCUGCUCCUGGUGGCCUAUUUCAUCGCUAGGAAGAUUCGGAAGAAGAGGCGGAGAAGUGCAAAGAAUGUGAUGUUCUCUUCCACGGGCAGCACUGAGCUGGGGUCUCCCUCUCAGACACUAAUGACACCUGCCCCUCACCCAUCAGCGAGCGUGUGACACGGUGCUGGGAGUGGACAAGAAGCCAUGCUGGGCAGACAGGCAGGAAGCCUCUUUCUUAAGACAGCCCCUGGGAAGAGCAGCUCUUGGAGAGGAAGACCAGGAUGCACCCUGAGCCACCCGGCAGAGAGCAAACCAGCCUUCAGUGUGGGACUUGGCCACGUGCCCCCAAGCCCCCCACUCCUCGCUGCUAUGUCCCCUCCCCUGGAUGGAUGGGUGGAGCGUAAGGCCUUCCCUGGGAUCAUGAGGGCUAUGUACGUUUGCUCAAUACUAAAAUUGAAGAAAUUAAAGUUUCUUAGCCCACCUCCAGCCUUU